GAAAAGCUUUCCUGCAGCUUUGUUCAGCAGACACUGACUGUGGCAGCAAUAUGAUAUGCAGUAAAUCUGCAGUCAGGUAUGCCUGUGUGCAUCUGGUUUUUCUGCCAGACUGGAUGGAAGCUGUGGUGUAUCCCUUGGUGGUCCAUGCAAUGUCACAACUCAGUGUGGGAACAACAUGGAGUGUAAUGGAAAUGGCGCUGAAAGCAAAUACUGUGACUGUUUGGAAAAUUAUGUUUCAAAAUCAAGUGGAAUUUGUGGCAGAAAUGUUGGAACAGCAUGCAUUGGACCUGAAGAAUGUGGGGAUUUCAUGACCUGUGGCAAAGGUUCUAAUGAAAGUGUGUGUAUGUGCUCCAAAGGCUAUGAAGCAAACAUCUAUGGACGAUGUGGGUUCAGUGCUGGCAAGAGAUGUACUCAAGCAGAGUACUGUGGUAACAGGAUGACUUGUGAUCAAGUGUGCACAUGCAGUCUUGGCUAUACGCUGAAAAGUGAUGGUUUUUGUGGUAAAAGUGUAGGACAAGUGUGUACAGCAAGCAGUGAGUGUGGUGACAACAUGCAGUGUGAUGAAAUAAAUGGCUCCAGGGUCUGUGUCUGUGCUGGCAAUUUUGUUCAAGCUUCAGAAGGACGUUGUGGAGUAUGGGAGCAAGGAGAGUGUAGCAUGGAUACUGACUGUGGCAUCAGAAUGGUGUGCAUCAACAAAACCUGUCGUUGUCAAGAAGGCUACUUGCCUAGAGUAGACCACACCUGUGGUAAAAGUGUAGGGCAAGUGUGUACAGCAAGCAGUGAGUGUGGUGACAACAUGCAGUGUGAUGAAAUAAAUGGCUCCAGGGUCUGUGUCUGUGCUGGCAAUUUUGUUCAAGCUUCAGAAGGACGUUGUGGAGUAUGGGAGCAGGGAGAGUGUAGCAUGGAUACUGACUGUGGCAUCAGAAUGGUGUGCGUCAACAAAACCUGUCGUUGUCAAGAUGGCUACGUGCCUAGAGUUGACCACACCUGUGGGAAUAGUGUAGGACAUGCAUGUACAGUGAUCAGUGAGUGUGGGAACAACAUGGAAUGUGCUGGAAUAAAUGGUUCUAGUGUCUGUGUCUGUUCUGACAACUUUAUUCCAGCCUCAGGAGGACGUUGUGGAGCAUGGGAACAUGAAGAGUGUGGCACAGAUGCUGACUGUGGCAACUUAAUGGUGUGCAUCAACAAAACUUGUCUUUGCCAACAUGGCUAUAUCCUCCAGUCAGACCACAGAUGUGGUAGAGCAGUGGGAGAAUCCUGCUUCUUCAGUACUGACUGUGGCAGAAACAUGGAUUGCCUUAGAAUUGCAGAUGUUGGGGUAUGCAUUUGCUCCACAAACUACACAGCCAGUAUGCAUGGCACUUGUGUGUUGCCAGUAGGUGCCAGUUGCAGUAUGCCACAAUUGUGGUCCGAACAUGGAGUGCACAGGGACCCAAGAGGAUAAAAAAUGUACCUGUGAUGCAGGGUUCAUACCUACAAGGCAGGGCUUGUGUGGUAAAGCAGCGGGCCAGAUAUGCAAACAACAAGCGAGUGUGGUGACAACAUGCUGUGUUUCAUUGCUUACGAGCAGCCAGUUUGUGAAUGUUCUGCACAGUUCCAGAGAGACAUGUCUAUGUCUUGUGUACGGGUUCCACAACGAAUACUGGGCAGUGAAUGCAGACAGGUCAGUGACUGUGGUCAAAACAUGGAAUGCAGCCCAAGCAAUGCAUCAGGCCUUUUUAUCUGUCAGUGUGCAAGCCAGUUCUUGCCAAGUGCAGAUAUGGAAUCUUGCUAUCACUUCAACCAGACAUAUCCUCCUCAAGGCUCAUCUGACUGCAAGCUGAAUCCACAAGAAAACUCAGGUGAUUGCAUGAAGGAGAACCCUGAUGAGCAUCCUGAAUGCGACAUAGAUGAAGACUGUGAUGAACACCAAAUAUGUGUGGAUUCGGUUGAUGGCAGAAAGUGUGUGUGUAGAGAAGGCUUUCAUGUCACAGAUAGCGCGUCUGUGGGAAAGGACUGGGUGACAGAUGCUCGACCAUGGAUGAAUGUGGCUUGCACAUGGUUUGUAUAGGACAGCCAGGGGCAGCAACAUGCAGAUGUAUGAAAGGAAUGCAAACCAAAAGUGACCAAUCGUGUGGGGGUGUCCUAGGCUCUCCCUGCACAGGUGCCCAGGACUGUGGGGAUGGUAUGGAGUGUGCUGUGACUGGACUAAACAGGACAUGUAGAUGUAGUCUGCGCUAUGUGGCAAGGCAGAAUGGUUCCUGUGGUCUUGCAUUUGGACAGCAUUGCUCAAGGAACGAGGACUGUGCUGAUUAUAUGAUGUGCAGCAAAACUGCACUUAGCUCUCCUGCUUGCUCCUGUAUUCAGGGAUUUAUAAUUACCAGCUCAAUGUCUUGUGUUUUCAAAGGACAGCCAGGUGCUCAUUCUGGACACAGCAUGCAGAACUCAACCUUCAGCACACUGCUCUUUCUGUUUGUUAUCUGGACUUGUCUCUUGCCUACAUGAGCUAGAUUACAGCUCUUUCCAGGAGAUCUUAUCAAACAGUUGCUUCUUUGAAAAACAAAAUUGCUGCAUGGAAAAGAUAUGAAAAAAUACCAAAGUCUUUUCUAUGUAAGCUGAUAUUUAAGAUUGAAGAGUAUUACAGGCUAUUGAUAUAGUUUACAUAUUCAGAAUAUAUGUGUCACUUCUACCACUUCAUACUUCAGUCAUCUUCAGAUACGGCUGUUGCAUGAGCAUAAUACUAUGUUGUAAUAAGCCAAUUAGUCUCUCUGUGCAGUGUCAGUUCCCCUAUAUCCCUUGACUGUUCACAAAUUACUAUAAGACUCGGAAAAAGUUAAGUUUACUUGAAGAAACUUCCUGGUAAUUACCAAUAGAAACAGCAGCUGUAGCACAAGGUUACUGCCACACCACCCAUUCAUAAACUAUGCUGCCCUGGAAUAGAAUUACAAAAGUAGAAAACUGACGAACCUUAAGCGAUGAUUUUAAAUUGUUGGUAGUUUAGGUAUAUUCAAAUGCAUCUUGUUCACUGAGUGGAAGAAACGUGAAGGCAAUUUAUGUAGUAUACUUUACAUAUGUUCACCAAACAUUCAAGCAAUUUUAAUACAGUUAUCUUGAACCUAACUUACAUGUUUGAUCUUUCAUCAUGUGCACAGAAAAAACAGUCACAAAAUAACACCAAAGUAUUGCCAACCUCUAUCAGAGAAACAUGAUUUUGUUUCUGAGUUUAUACAAACUAGAUUAGUAAAAAUAGAUUUCUUACAGAUGACCUUAAUAACAAGGCAUUUAAAUAAGUGAUCACCAUCAGAAGGCAAUAAUUAAUCUAAGAAUGCUGAUGAAGCAAGAAAGACAGCUUCAUUCAGAUCCACAAAAAAAGGCAUCUUGGAUCAGAACCAUCAACAUCAUGAUAAUAUAUAUAUUAGCUAGUGGAAAUCAAUAAUGAUACUGUCAUCCACAGUAGUAACAGCAGGGAAUUUGAAAUACAUAAAAGAGAACAGAAUGGACGACCUUUUACAUUCCAAGCAUUCUUUUUCCUUUCGUCUCAAUUUAGUUUUUUUUAGAGGGAGAGGUAUGAUGGUGCUGUAGGGACAGCAAAGGCACUUGCAGGAAGAGAAAUAACUUCACAGAAGUAACAUUCUCUUGACAGCCUUUAAGACAAUAAGGAUCAGCAGUUGCUGUUUUGAUAAGCAUAUGCGAGAUGAUGUGACCAUCAAAUGUAACUGAAUAAUCAAAACAAAGUAAAUGUUACGCUAGGUGAGCUAAAUGCAGAUUCAUACGUUUUACACUAGUGAACAGACUGUGCAUCUAAGUACAUCACUCAUCUAUACUGGGAUAUCUCCCCUGUUCCCAAGUAUUCAGAUACAUUUAUAAUUUUGAUGAGGUUGAUUCCCUCACCCAAGAUGAUUAGUGAAGUCUAUUUUGUGCUGUUCAAUGCUAGCAAAGUUAUGUCAAAAUCUGUUCACAAAUAGCAAUUUUCACAAUUGUGACAAAAUGUAUCUUUACUCUAAUUAAGAUUUUUUAUAUGUUGAACAGUAAACACAUUUUCCAA